AUGGAAAGAACCAGGUGUGUACAAUGCUCAGAAGGAUGGACUGGUGUCGACUGUGAUGCUAUUCAUUGCAAUGGCCAUGGAACUCCAAACUAUGACUUGACGAGUUGCCACUGCGAGAAACCUUACUCAGGUCAAUUUUGUGAGACAUUCGAGACAAAAGACAUCUAUUCCUACUACAAUCGGAUCGUCUCACGGACAGGGGCUAUCGGAGUGCUUACCUUCUGCGACCGAUUUGCAAGGAGACGUCAACGAGAACGGCUGGCGAAACAUCUCGUUGGUACAAUGAUCCUCACCUCCGGAAAGAAAGAUCAGCGAGCACUCAACCGAGAAAUCAUUUCUCAAUUGCUCUAUAAAGACUAG